AUGUCGCAACUCGGACUGGCUAACAACAUCGCGACUGCGACUGGCAUCCUUGGGUGCGCUUGGUGGGCCGGCAUGGGGCAGUCGUUGUCCAUCUUCAGCGUCUCCGCCGCCCUAGGAACCAACGCGGAGCCGAUCUAUGCAUUGAAGUUGUGGCAAAACAUCUUCCUGCGCGGCAAGUCGUUGGGGCCAAAGGUAGCUGUCGUCACCUUCUUGUCGUUUGCGUACUCGGCGUAUGGACGUUACUGCCAUGGUGUCGCGUGGAAGCCGUUCGUGGCCGCCGGGGCACUAAGUCUCGCCAUCGUUCCCUACACUGGUGUCUUCAUGUCGGCAACCAACUCGCAGCUUAUGGCUGGUGCGCAGGGUGUCACGACGCUGGGAUGGUCUGAGGCCAGAGAGCUGCUCACGAAGUGGCAGACGCUCAACUUUGUGAGGAAUUUCUUCUCCAUUGCCGGGGCUGCCAUCGGCUUUUGGUAUACGGCGUUCCAAUGA